GGUUCGGGUAGACCCUGAGCGCUGUGUUAAACUGCCUGAUCGGUAUGGCAUGCCUGUAGAUGCUGAACGUGGAAGAUCACGGCUUUUACAGUUAUUACCACACCUUAUCAAACAACUCGGAUUUCAAAAAAAUAUAUACACAUGUAAUAUCUUUGCAGCACAUAAAAAAUUGACUUGACAUGCAUUAUGUUGUUAGCGGCACAUCCUUAUAGUUUACCGCAUUUGUUAUUAAGUUAAAAUCUUAAUUACUGUACUGAAAAAAAUAAAAUAGAUUCAUUUUUCUAAUUCACUGCGCGCUUUGGAUACAUUAUUUCGUUAGAUUAAGUUAGGCGCUAGGAGGGCAGCGCUAUGUGUGGGGUCCUGGUGGUCUUUCUCUUCUGUGUUUAGGAAGCUGCGGCUUCUAAUGUUCAAUACUCGUUAGUUCUGGAAUAAAUUGUGCUUCGAUGGCGGAUGAACAGGAGCUGGAAAAGAAGGCUGUGGAAGAGCUUCUCAAGGAGGCAAAGCGUGGUAAAGUUCGAGCUGAGACCAUGGGACCUGCAGGCUGGGUGAAGUGUCCUCUGCGCAGCACCAAUAAAAGGUUUCUUCUGAAUACUCUCAGAAACACAUUUCCUUCCCGAGGACUGGGUAAAGGCAAGGGAACGGGAGGUAGAAAUGAGAGGGAUUCAUCCAGGAGCCACCAUACAAAGGACAGGUCGAGGAAACAGAGCUACCACCCUUACAAACAGGAGCCCCACUCAGGCAGAGAGAGGGACAGCUCCCCAGUGAGGAACAAAGAGUCCAGCAGUGAUCUCCACAGGCAGGGCUCCCCACCCAGGAGAAGAGACAGUCCUGCCCUUCAAGAGAGCUCCUCUCACAGGGAGAAACACUGAACCACACAGCUCUUCAGUGAGGGGACACACCGGGACAAGGAGGCAUUUUUUUGUAUUUUUUUUUUGUUGUGUUGUUUCUAAAGCUGAGGGAACACGAAGCCACUUUAUGGUUUGGAACUUGGUUUCAGGCCACUGCAUGGCACACCAGGGGAGACUUGGGGUUUGAUACAGUGUAGUUGCCUCAGACUAGGUCUCCUGGAACCAAGUUUCAAGCUACUGUUACUAAUAUAAGUGGCUUUGUGUUCCCUCGGCUUUAGAUAAAGAUACUGCGGGGAUGAACUUUCAAAGUUUAUACGAAUAUUCUUUAAUAUUGAAUUGGCUAGAAAUCAAAAUAUACCUAAUUACAGUAGGUGGCACACUCAUAAAAUUACAAUAUUCUUUAAUUUUAUAAAACAAAAACAUAAGUUGUAUCAUAAAAUUGCCAAUCAAACAAACGAGAGAAAGACUGGUAGUUUUUGCUACCCGAUCCAUUGAAAGCAGUGUUUGUUUGAAUAUUCGAAUGUUUGUCCCAGCACUCGGUAAAGAAGGUGUUUUCUCAUUGGGAACUUUAUGCUCCUGCAAUUCCUGGUUUAUUGAUUUCGGUUUGAUUUCAUUUUUUGGACUCCAGAUCCCAUACUGCCCUAUUCCCAUUUUUCUUGCAUCAUUAAAAUAGUUUUGAUUUAAAUUUUUGCUCAUCAACAUUGAUGGCCCCAACUUGGAAAGGAAAAAUAAACUGUGCAGUAAUCUGAUGUUCUUCACAAGAUGGAAGACUACAGAUAUAUUUUUGUCAUUUUGAAAAAAAUUAAAUAAGACAAAUCAAUAAGUUCUGUGCAUUUUCAAUAAUGUAAUCCCAAUAUAGACUUGUAUUAAUAAGUGAAUAUGAUUAUAUUCCUAUCUAAAGGGGCUCGGGCAUCAGCCAAGCUCAUACUUCUCUGUUUGGCCAGUCGACACGCUGCAAGAUGAAAACACUGUAGUUUAAUCUUAAGGCAGUGCAAACUGAACAGAAUUUAUAUAUUGUUACGAGGGGCGGCUUUUUCAAGAGCAAGCCCCUUGAAAAUGAAAAUGUAACUGCAGUUUUAGCAGUGCUUGUGUGAAAGCAUGUACAGUAUUUGUAAAAUAGAUGUGUAGAGAAUGGCCCUGUUUGUUUAUCCAGCUCUGGGUUAAGUGCAAACAGGCUUGAAUAAACUACACAAUAUGCUGCAAUAUUAAUGCAAUAAACAGCAGUAUAAUGUGGUAGCACUAUGAUGUUCAAUGUAUUUAUUUUUGUAAAAGAAAGCAUGUUUUGUUUACGUAUCUGUUGCAUUUUUGGUGUUUAAUGGGACAGUGUAUGUGUUUGAGUUUUCCAAAACAAACUGCACAUGGCAUUUAAAUGCUUGGCAUUUCCUCCCCCUGGUGUCUCAGACUGGCUUGCUAAGAAUGCAGAGCGUCUUCAUUGCGUCUCUCGUUGGCUGUGAUGAGGGGCUGAGACCUAAAGGCACACUUUCUAUUGUCACCAACAGAAGAGGAUUGAACAUCAAAUUAAAAAGCCAGUCCUGAUUGAGCCAUGUAGCGUAUCCUUACCAUUUUAAUGGACUUUGAGUUCUGACAAGGUUUUGUUUAAGAAUUUCCUGUUUAGUUUUGCAAUCACCAACUCGAGGGUUUAGGAGAAUACAGUGUGUUCCAGAAUGUAUAUAGAUGUAGCCAUGAGAGGGUUAUGUUUGGUAUGCUUUCAGAAUGACUGUUUAAAAAAAAAAAAAAAGGUGUGGGUUUAAAACCACUAUGUUUCAUAUCUUGCAUUAAAAAGCUUUCUGUGAUCUUGGUAAUAUGCUUUUAAAAUAAACAGGAAUACAUUGAAA